UCAGUUGCCAUAAAAAAACAAAAAAACAACGAUAUUAUGGCUUGUUAUAGCAGACGGCUAACAACUUCUUCGAUUACAGCCAUAUUUUUUGAUUUGGACAACACUCUAAUUAAAACUAGGAAGGGUGAUAGGUUGGCAUGCGAGAAGGGAAGCGUUCCUGAUUCAGUAAAGAAAUGCAUUGCAAUUUUAAAGGCUGCUAAAAGUGAUACAGAAAAAUUUGCUGCCUUGUUUAUGGUCACAAAACUUGUGAAAGGUGAAGAUUGUACCACACAGAGUAAAAAAUUGCUUUUUGAAGCAAUUGGCUUCAAGUUCUUGAAACGACUUCUACUGAGUCCAGAUGUGCCAGCAGAUUGUCCUCCACUUGUGUACAAAUCUGUUGUGCUGUCAAUCCUGUCAAGCUUCUGUUCUGAUGCAGAACUUGCAACUCAUCCAGAAAUGCUCGCCAAUAUACCUGUGUUCCUAGAAAUUGCACAGCAGGCUGAUGAUGAUGAUUUGGAUGAUAACCUGAUUGUUGUGAGCGAAGCAUAUGAAUGUCUACAAAGCAUAGUAGCACACAAACCAGGUCAACUGGCAUUGUUAGAAGUUGGAGGUGUUGCAAAAAUGUGUGAAAUUUAUGCUCAACAAAGCUUCCAGACCGAUGAGGCACUGAACAUACUAGUGACACUUGUGGGAAAAUUUGGGCCAAGUGCAUGGGAUAUCAACCCAAAGCCAUUUCAUAUAAUUGUGAAUAAGAUAUCUCUAGAUUUUGAAACGGAUCAUAGUGAGCGGAAAUUCGAGCUGUGUAGGAUGCUACAUGCACUUCUCUUCAGCUGCAGACGUGAUGUGAUAGUUGCAACAGCGAAUGAAGCCCUCUGGCCAGGAAGCAUCUACAAGGGGCUGGUGGACAUCCUGACCAGCAAGCUGGGAAAGGCCCAGCGUGAUCCAGCUCUCAAGCUGACAUCGAUAAUGGUGGAGUUGCUAGGUGUGGAGUGGUGCCUGACAGAUGAAGAGCAGCCACGGCAGUUCUUUCUGUUGUUGGUGCAGCUGUGCUCAAUUGAGUUGCGAAUGCAACUAGAAGAUCGUACCUUUGCCCAGAUAAUGAUGCACGCAGACCUUGUGUCAGCAUGCUUUGUUGUGCUUGAGCUCUCAAUUACAUACAUUGCAACUGACACUCUUGAACUGGAGCAGAAGGAGAAGCAGCAGUUGUACACAGCACUGAAAGGAGCAUUUUCAGCCGUCAUCUCUGUUCUCACAAAGGUUUCCACUGACUUCACUAAAAAUCCAAAUGCUAUGGACACUAAACAGAAAAUAUUUGUGUGUGCUAUGGUUCGUGUACUGUCAGCAUGGCUGGCUCAAGAGACUUCAGCUAUGAGAAAUAGUGUAUAUGCCCUCCUCCCAUUCAUGCUAACCCUUGCCAAUGAGACAUUCUACGCAUACCGGUCACGGCGACUGGCUGAAAAGAGACAGAGUUCUGACACCAUGGAGACAGAUUCAGACCUGAUUAGUCAGGUGGAUAUUCUUCGGCUGAUGUUGCCUGCACUGUGCCAUCUGGCAGUGGAGGAGAAGGCUCGCAAGAUUCUGCUGGAAGCAAAGGAGGAGGAGGUUCUGUAUGAAUGCUUGGCCUACCACUGGUCCAUUGUGCAUUAUAAGAAACCUCCAGUACCCAAGUCAGAGCGUGGAAAGGUCAAGAAGGAGCCAGAACUGGAACUCGACCCAAAGAUCCUGGAAGAUAUGAAGGACUCGAGGGCAGCGAUGGUCAGCAUCUGCAAUAUAUUUAUGAAUGUGACUGUACUUGAGGCCAAAAUGGUAGAGGAGAGCAUGUUGUUUGCAACAUUGCUAAAGUUUAUAUUCAACAACUUGCCUGAACUGAAGAGUAUACCAGAAAAUCUUGUUUUGCAUGGUAACUUGGCAGUUCUUGGAUUGCUGCUACUUAAACAGCAGGCAAAACGAGUGAAGAAAAAUGAUUUCACCAUCUGUCGCUACAUUCAGGCAACCAUUCGCUUCCUGUGGGAUGCAUACAAUGUGGAUGAGUCAAAUGAUACAUCGGCAUUGGUCGUGGUAAUGAGUUACAAGAAAUACUGGUUUGAGCUCAUGGAACUGUGGUUCUUGGGAAUGCAGACAAUGAGUGCUGUGCUGGCUCUAGUACCAUGGAUAUCGGACUUUGCAAUAGAGAGUGGCUGGGCUGAAGGAAUUAUUGACACAUUGCAUAAAGUCAGGGCAGGGUCACUCCCAGCCAAUACCAAGUCUGCCUAUGAGGACUUCCUCUGCCAUCUGGUGGAUGCCAAUAACAGUGUCACAUCAGUCUUGAAAGAACAUGAUGCUCUAACUCUUGUAGGUAUCCUACAUGAUCAGUAUCAUGUUCCCAGUGAUGUCGCUACACUGGCUACUCAAACGUUCCUGCACAACUUCCGUCUCUGCCCAGAAAACUGUGAGAUGACCCUGGACAAGUGGCGACAUCUGCUGUGGUGUCGAGCACUUGGACAGCAGUAUAAACACAUUGCAGGUGACAUUUAUGUGGAGUGGCUGGAACUGCGAUACCGCUACCUGGCUGCCACACCAGAUGUGUUGUCCCUCCUGUGCAAGCUACAGCAACACUAUUUGCUAGGCCUGAUCACAAAUGGGCCAUCCCGUGCACAGUGGGAGAAGGUAGAACGCUUGGACCUGCGACACUACUUUGACUGCAUACUGGUUUCAGGAGACUUGCCAUGGGAGAAGCCUCACCGAAACAUCUUCCUGGAAGCAUGUCAUUACCUGGGGGUACAACCAUGGCAGUGUCUUAUGGUGGGAGAUAAGCUGGAGACAGACAUCAAGGGAGGCAUUGAAGCAUCACUGGCAGCAACAGUGUGGGUGCCCUUGUGCAUGGAGCACCACUCCAGUCUAAAGCCACGUCCUGAUUUUACCCUAGCAAGUAUUACAGACCUGCCCAGCCUUCUUCCUUCAGUCCCAAAAUCUCUUCUUCAUUCCAGGCACAGUUCCAGUUCCAGUUUCCCAUUCAAUCUACCUGAAACUGAGGACUGCAGCAGCAACAGCAGUGAUGGUAGUUGAUGGGCUGAUGGCAGCAGUAAACUGAUCUGCAUUUCAUGUGUGGAUGUUCUUUGAAGUGACAGUCGUGAACUAUCUAUCUCCACCAUACAUGUGAUGUAGCAGCCAUGUACUGCUGUCUGUGGGGUUUAUAACAAUUUGUAUUACUGUUACUGUAUAACAUUUUAGCAAUUUUCUUUCCUUACUUACUUAUUUUCUUCCUUCCUUCUAUAUGUUCCCAAGCAGUGCUUUACUUAUUGUUUUGCAUAUAUUUUGGAGCAUCUGUUUCAGUACCUGUCUGCAGUAGACUUAAACUGCAUUUCUUGAAGAUUUGAAUCAUCAGAUCAUCAUGAAACCUAAAUUUCAUUAAGGUUCAAAGUGAAUGCUUUCAUUCCAUCUAUGAAUCCACAAUGUUGUUGGUCACUCUUCAAGCUGGUUUGCCCAUAAGUGGGUGUGAUGUAUCCUAAGCCAGUAUUGCAAGUAACUCUUGUUCCUCGUGCACCUGUAAAAUUAUUACUUUGAAAUUUAUUUUUAAACACUUUUUAGAUCAUCGAAAGUGGUAGGAGUACACCACAGGGAACUUCAAUUUCAUAAAUGAGCAAGUUGGAAAUAUUUGUGUAUAUUAAGUAGGACACCUUGCGCAGUCUGGAUCCACUGUAUUAUAUAUGAAAUAAAGAAAUAAAACUGAUGGUUUCAA